CGAAAUGGACGACCUCAACACAAAUGGACCAAAUAUUGCGCAAUUUCGCUACGAUUUCGGACCCCGAUUUAUCCGAACUACUAUUUAGUUGAUGAGUUCGUUCUCGAGAUUCAUUUGCACGCUUGCAUGUUGUUUAUGCUUGAGCUGAGCGUGCAAUUUAAUGAUCGUUUUGGGCGGAUAUCCCCAGGUCCUGAGUGGGAUUUUACAACAACAAAGUCGAUCAGCUGUUUCUGGAAGAUUCUGCCUUAUUCAUUCACGUUGUGUGUUCAUACCAACUCGGUUGGUUAUGGACACAUCGCCAGGACCAAGCUGUCCAAUGAUCAUCGAUCCCCGCAUCCACAAGGCGGCGCCACCUGAAAGCCCGGAGGACAGCUGUGAUAGUUCGGAUGAGAAUGACAACCUCCAGGCUGAUGACGUCAUGAAGCCACCAUUACCCUUGCCGCCAGAGAGUGAGAAUGCAUCCAUCAUUUUCCCAAUUUGUCGAAUCUGUCACCAGCCGGGUGAAGAACACGAAAUCCUUAUCUCUCCGUGCCGAUGCGCUGGGUCGCUGCAAUAUAUCCACAAUAACUGUCUCAUGAGAUGGCUGGAAGUGUCCAUGAGAAAGUCCAGAAAACCACCCAGGUGUGAACUCUGCCAUUUCCAGUAUCACAGACAUAAAAAAUUUAAGUUCAACCAUUGGCGUCUGCCGAAGAUAUCAAAACGUGACAAAGUUCUUCACGCUAUCUUCCUAAUCAAUCUUCUUAUCAUGAUCAGCUGUGCUAUAGCCACCGUUAUGUGCUUCUUAUCCGAUAAGGGACGUAUCACAAAAUUCCCACGCAACAAAGUGGAUUUAACGCCCGAAGAGAUAAUAACACUUUCGUGCGGUGUGCUAUUCUUUCUGUCUUUCUUUAUAGCCAUGACAGUUCAGAUCAAGGCCCGACACACGAUUUAUCAACUUUUUGUGAAAUUUAUCAUGCAGAAUAUGGAGUGGGAAAUUGAUGAGUAUGACAAGACAAAGGAUGACUUAUUCAAGCAGGAUACAAAUCCUAUUCAUUCUAUUGUCUUUGUGUGAUAGUCUAAAGAAUCUUUUAUUGUGUUAUUUUCAUUUUGGUGCCCUGUGCUAAAACGUUUAACCAAAAUCAAAAUAUUUCAAGAUGCAUUUGUGUGAAACGUCAUCUUCCACAUCUAAAUAGAAACGUUAAAAAUUAAAGUGUUUAAAACAACUGGUGUUGUUCUUUUCUCAAAAUAAAAUCUGCUCAAAAAUUAUUUUUUUUCGGUGGCUCAAUUUAUGAUGAUGUCACGUGAUCGAAUGUGCUAAGCAUCACAAGAUUAACUCACUAGAUGGCGCCUAGCAUCGUGAACUGGUCAGAUUUUAAUGACCUUCGACAUUUUUCCAGUUGUUGAAAUUUGUUUUCAUUUGAAAUCAGUAGGGCUCAUGAAGUUCUGUUGAUAUGUGACACCUAUUGGAUGCAUAGGUUAGGUCUACAAUGGCUGGAACUGGCCAAUUUCCGUCGGCCUGUUUGGCUAUAAUGGACAUCCCUUUUGUGACAGAAUAUGAUAAUGAGGCUCAGUAGCACCACAUGUGGCACACUGAUCUGCUUUUUCUUGCUAAAACAAAAAAAUAUCGAACUUUGUCUCGAUAAGACUGAUUAUUGAUGGGAUUGGAAAAAAAAUGAUCACAGAAUCUCAACAGAGCAUUGCUAAGGAUGAUACAUGUAUGUUUGGUCCUUUAAUUACAGAAGUGGUCAUAAAAUUGUCCCGUCUUCACCUUUGAAAAUAUGCAGGAAAUCAGUUUGAGUCGGUCACAUGAGGUUGAUAUGGAUUGACGAGAUUUGAAGUGGUGCUAAAAUGAGAGUCAUUCAAGGAGGUGAUUUGUUUGUCUACUCCUUGAUUAUAUGUCAUUUGGACACCUCAGACUGUAAAUAAAUGUUUUGUGUGGGACUAAUGCAAUGACCAUUUAUGCACUGGUUCUGUAUAUGGGGAAUUUCAUUAUUAAUUAUUAUCAAAAGAAUUUAUAUAGCGCCUUUUGUAAAACACUUAAAGGCGCUUUACAUUUAAUUUUAAAAAAAACAACAUUCAAUGCAUACAAUAAUUUUGCUGUAAAACAAUAAUAGAUAAAAUUUCAAUAAUAGAUAAAAUGUCAUCACUAAUUCUGGGCAGCUCAAACUAAGUGAUACAUGAAGUAGUAUUAUCUUCUCCAGAUGUUAUUGGAUGAAGUUUAUAAUUGUACCAGUGCAAUUGCAGUUCCGGACAACCAGGCCAGAAAUUUCCAUGGCCCUGAUUGGUUUUGCCAGGGUUAGUCGGAGGACUGGAUGAUAAACUUAUUUCAUUGUUUAUUUUUAAACCAGUGUAUCGAUCUGGGAGUUGCAUUAGUUGUGUAUAAUCAGAAGGUCUCAAUGAAACCUCCUGUACUAGACAUGUAAAUAGCAUCGCUUUGCCUCAAGCCUGUUGCUGUGUGAACAUUAAGAAAAUUAAGAUGGCACUUAUUAGCUCGAUCGGUUGCAGAUAUUUUUCAUGUUUUUGAAUAUUGAUGAUGUUUAAAAAUCUUCUGUCCAGCUGUACAUUGUAUAUUUAGAUUUAUGUACUUUGGGCUGGUUUCCCAGUUUUUAACUAGAAGUAGUUCCUCUACUAUCGUUGAUGUGCUUUGAAAAUACUGAUGCAAUCCAAAUUCUGGGUUGUGCCUCCUGUGUGUAGAUAAUUGCGUUUCUACUAAAGCGUGAUUGAAUUUUCGGGGUGUUGUGUGUAUGGAUUACUGUUUAUACCAAGUAUAGAUUGGGUAUUUAGUAUUUACGGAGUAUCUAGUUAUCCAAGAGCACAACACCGCUCAACGUCAAAGUUUAUCAUCUCAUAUAUUGCAUAAUAUUAAUUAAAAUAAAUGUCCAUUGCUUGAAAAGUUGAGAUUACCCGAGUUAAGUUAAAAAUAGAACCUCAAAGAUGUUCGAUGGUUGUGCAAAUGAAGCAUAUUUAAUAGGUGCAUAGUGGUUUAACUAGGAAACACACAAAUUAUGAUAAAUGUUCUUGCCAUUUGAAAAACUUGGUUCUGAGAUUUUAGUAAUGUUUUAGGAUUGUGUGUCCUUCCUAGAGAGGUGUCUGCUAAAAGGAAGGUUCCACUGUAUACCGUAGACUGACAACUGUUUGCUCCUAUUUUUUUGUGAUUGGCGAAAAGUAGUGAAAAAUUAUAAUAUUCGGAGUUUUUAUUUCAGCGCAUUACCAAAUUUGUUUCGUUUUGCAAUUUUUUUGCGUAGAAAUUUACAGUACCAGUACUCUAAACAAUUUGUGCCAAAACAAAGGUACUGAUUCUUCUGUAUAAAAAUAUGCACUCAUAUAAUAUUCUAAUUAUAAAAUCGUCUUGUUUCUUGCAUAUCACGAUCCAGCUGUGCUGUAGGGACGGCUGGAUGCAAUCUGUCGCCUGUCCUUGCUUAUAUUGUGGUGCUUUCAAUUUUGUAUUUACGCGAUGAUCAUCUCAGCUGAAUUUGUACAUUUGUCUGCGUGAAUUUAGCGUUUUGUAUUAUGCUGAUAACUGAGAGUCCAAAUGAAACCUUCUGACGUCAGUUUGUGGUAAUAUUAGUCAUAAAACGUGAAGAAAAGUAAAGAACUUGGAAGAAAAUGUUAAUUGGGAAGGAUCCUUUCUAGAAUGGGCAUUAGAUAUAUAAGGUUGAUGAAGGGUUCAUAAAAAGGGUGUAUGUGUAUAAAUGCUUCACACGUCAGUCAGAGUGACACAUAUAUAGAACAUUGCUUUGUUGAGUUUACAGAACAAAUUACGCAUGACAAUUUCUUAUUGCACGGGGUUCGAUCUUUUGGAAUAACGUCAUUAUCCUUGCUGAAGUUUAAUCGAGGUCAGUUAGGGAAAAUGUAUUUGAUUAUCUGGGAAAAGGGCAUUAUUAACUUUAUGAAUGGAAACAUUAAUCUAGUGAAAAAGAAGAUUUGAGAGCAUGCCAAAGAUGAAUGAGGAAGCGACGGCUUCUAAAAAUGUUAGGAUUUAGCUUGAAAAGUUUUUCAAAAUGAAUCGGAUCGAUUGGUCUAUGUUUCUCAAAAGCUCACAGAAGACUGAAAAUUAUCUUUUUGUUCUUUACUUGAGCCGGUAUUCAGUUUAUACAUACAAUACACUACAGUACCCACUCAUUUUAAUGCUGGUAUCUGAUGUGAUGAGAAAUACAAUGUUGGGAAAUUGUUGGGUUGGCAAUGCAAUUAACAACCCUAUACCACCUGCAAUGUUUUGUCAAGAUCUGUUUUCAGUUCUGUGAAUCCUGUUUUUCAUGACCGGUGAUAAAGUGUGUGGGUUCUGUCCGUGCAUUGCUCUUGAAUCUUGCAUGUUAUAUGUGCACCUUAUAACUUUUAUCAUCAAAGAUGUCUAUGGACAUCCAUCGUUUGAGAUGUUGGCAAUACUGUUACCAUUUUGGAGGUAUUUGUAAAUAAUACUUGGAGUUUGCAUUGAAUUAGUAGAUCUGUUCGAAACCUGAAGUAUUUGCCUCUUGUAGCCAACAAAAAAUAUAACAAAAUUCUGCGCAGAACAGCAUUUAACAUGUAUUUUAUAUAUAUUUACUUGUUCUAUAAUACCAAGGGAAUAAGUUCCUUCACAAAAAUACGAUAUUCAGCAUUUAUUUUCUGUCUUCAUUAUAAGUUGCUUUUAAAUCAUGCAUACAUAUGAUUUGACAAGAAGUAAAGAGUUUUUCAGACAGAUCUGUCCAAAGGUACUUUGCUGACCUCUUGUCACCAAACUGUAUAAGAGUGAUCACAAAUAGAAAUGUUACACAAACCUGGGCAGCCAGUGGCAUAGCUGACCGGCUCUAGUGACACAGUGAAAGAGCCGUUUCGUCAGCAUUGGUUCGACCUUCCCUAAGGAAAUCUAAUGUUGUGCAACACCAUCUUUUGGUUAAUGUGUUCUGGUCACAUUCCUGAGUUCAACUGAGUACCUUUGGCCAGAACGAUUGAAAAAAUGACAGAUGUCUGAGUCGUUGGGAGAGGCCCUUGGGAGGGAACUCUGCGUGUGGUAUCGGGUUUCCUUGUGAUCAUGUUUACCCCUCACUCUCUGGUCUAGUGGGUGGUUCUUCAUAACUAAUUCAAUAAAUGAGUAAUUGAUAUUAAGAAUGUUGAUAUUUAUACUGUUAACAUGAGUGUCCGAAAGUUCUCUCAGGUUUUUUAAGGGCCAUUUUUGAAGCAUGUACAAUAUGAUACACAUUCUUAUUGGGCUUCACAAUUUCAAAAGGAUGUAGCCCGUACAAAUAGGGAUGUCCCAUCUGUGUCCCUUGUGUGCCUAUUUGGUUGCAUGUCUGAUAGGCACAGGCCCAUAUUGCUAAGUGAGGCCCUUUGUGCCGCUGCACCUCAACAGAUUAAGUUCUAACCCAGCACUUUGUUCUGUGUAACAAUCUCAAAACGCUUUGUAUGUAUAUCCUGGUCUAAUCCAGAAACAUCUCUGUGGAAACCAAGGAGUGUGCAUACUGUGCUACUCUUGGUCAUUUUAGUUGCUUGAGAUUACAGAGUGGCAGUGGCUGGGCUUUAAACCCACAACCUUCUGAUCACAAGCCAAUGCUCCCUACUUUUGUACUACAUGUACAUAUACAGGGCUUAUGAGGACUUUUCCCUUGAAUGAUUGUACAUGCUUCAUUGAUGGGUCCAUGUACAGUAAACACACUGAGAAUGUAUAGUUCGAAUUCAUAGUUCAUGUAGUAGAUAUAUAGUAAUUUUGCAACAUUUGAUAGUUCUUAGCAUUUAAAAUGAGUAGAUUUUAAUUACGUAUUCAUUAAUCUGGAGUUAUGAGGUCUUAAUAGUUGAUUUCAAUAUAGCAUGGUGUGUUCAUUCUAAAAACAGAGACGGGUCAUAGGAGGUUUUUCCCACUUGGUGCAAACCUCGGUUAGUUUCACUUUGAAGUGUGUAGUUUGAAACUUCCUUGUCCAUGCUUGGCCUUUCUUUUAAAUAUUGUUGUCCAUAGGUUGUGAAAACAGAAGGUUUCCUCCUUUUUUUGUCUAAAUGUUUAAGUGUCAUUUACAACUGCAUCUGUUAUUGAUGAAGCCGGGUUUUGAAAUUUUAAGUUAGAUCAUACCAAUAUGAGCAUAAGUUUUAAAUGAAUCUUUCAAUCUGAAGACUAGAGUACUGCUGGCAAAAGAGACCAUUUUGGUAGAAAUAAAAGUUGAAUUCGAAAUUUUCAUUUCGGGUAGCUGGAAAUCAGUUAAACAACAAUCAAAUUGGUAUGGCCAUAGAGGAAACAUCGGGUACAAUGAUAUUUACAUGGCUAUUGGAAAAAAUGUCUAGUUGCCCCUUUAAAUAGGUAGAACUAAAAAAUUCAGGAUUCUGGCAAGGACUCCUUUUAAAACUUCUCUUGGAACCGGCCAUGUUUCAAUCUAUUAAAAAAUUUGGAGAAAAUUCUCAUAGACUUGUCAUCAGGCAGCUGAAACUUGCAAAGCAUUUCAUAGUGGUGGUAGUCGAACAAAUCGAAGUUCCAUGUGACAGUGAUUGUAAUUCACCCUCGGAAGUUGUGAGUGGGAAUCAUGAAUGAUGCACAACCUUUCUAUUAUGUACAUAUAUGUUUUGUGUAAGUUGAUGUCAUUUGAAGGUACAUUUUGGUGGAUUUCCACCGUUUUUGUCACUGUUACAAAUAUUUUUGCAUAAAAUGUAGUCAGUGCUUGUUCUGUUUUAUUUGUAAAUAGUCUCAUUCAAAAUGCUUUAGGAAUUUUAAAAUAAUGUGCUAAACGUGAAGAUUAGGCAUUUGUCCUAGCUGUAAUUAUUACCAGUCUGAUGUUGAGAAUGUAGGUGCAUCCUGUUAUGGUUAUCAGAAAAAUGUAUGUCCUUUUACGUUUUUGUAACCAUGAGCAGAGAGAAGAAAAUAUUGGUUGAUUUCCUCAAAGCAUUAUGUUUUAUAAUCUCUUGUAAAAUAGGCAUCUUGUGCACUGUCUUGGACUUUAGUAACACUAAUUCUUUGGCUUAUUGGGGUUUAAGUUUUCACAUGUAUCGCGUCACUUUUUACUUGUCAUAACCCUGGGCAGAAAAGGGCACGGCCUAAAAGAGGCAGGAUGCGGUGGCCCGCUUUAAAUGGGACUGCAUUGGCCACUUGUGAGAUCUCCGAAGUGGCCAGGGCAAAUAGAGAAAGUUAAGAAAGGGCAGGGUCAGCUGCACCCUGCCAGAACAACUGUUUGUUGAAGCAAUAGUAAUUCGUGACAUAAUAACAAACAAGUCAUUUCCAAACAGUGGGCUAUGUAUGACUCACAAUGUCAGUUUUCACCCUCUGGUCGUGUCAUGUCAUGUUUUAAGUUUAUUGAAGUCAGUUAACAGAGAAGCACGUGACUAGUGACCAGUGACAUGGAAAAAGGUGAUGUACCCUGUAUCUACUUUAGUGACAGCAAACAGAAUUAGUGCACAUUUCUUCAAUUUUAGGCUUUCCUGGUCUUGGGUUUUUAGAAGGAUUUGUAUCAUUGAGGUAAACACAGGUAAAUAUGGUUACCAAGGGAGGGUGCCGGCAGAUGAGUCUGGCAUGAUAGACUGUUGCAAAAUCUCUAUUUUAUAAACCAAAUUGUGUAAAAUUUAUAUAUGUAAAAAUAAAGAUUUAAUAAUAUAUGUAUAUGAUAUGUAAA